AUGGCGACGGAUCAGAGGUCUGCGAUGAAGGGAGUGGUGGUGGUGGUUCAUGAUUUUGGCAAAUCUGGCCCUGCAAAAUCCCUCUCUCUCCACAUUUACAGUCAAACUCAACUUGAUCCAAAAACGGGCAAAGGAAGGUUGAGUGAGAAGGCAAAGUUAGAAGGGUGGAAAACCAAGAAAAAGGGCAGUGAUGGUUCAAAAAGCACUUCCUACAAAAUAAAGUUGAAAGUUGAAAGUGGAUUUGGAAUUCCAGGAGCUCUUGUGGUAACAAAUCAGCAUAAGCACAAAUUCUUCAUCAAAUCAGCUUUUCUUCAAACUCCAAACCAUCCCCAAAUCAUCCACUUUGAAUGCAACUCUUGGGUUUAUCCUACAAACCUCACUUUCACUCACUGCCUUUUCUUCUCAAACACUAGUUAUGUUCCAAGCCAAACACCAAAACCCCUUGUGGAGCUGAGAAAGGAGGAGCUAGCAAAGCUAAGGGGAGAUAGUAAAGGAGAAAGAAAAGAAUGGGAUAGAAUUUACGACUAUGAUUGCUACGACGAUAUUGGGAAUUCCCAAGAGCGUUCUCAACCAGGUGGAUUGCUUCCAUAUCCUCGUCGAGGAAGAACUGGUCAACCUCCUUCUAAUGCUGAUUGUUCAAAUUGGAAAAUAGAAUCAGAGACAAAUGUGGCACCAGAUGAGAGAAUGAGGCACACCAAAAUAAUAGAAUUGGCUUCAAACUCAGUGGAAGCUGCCCUUCAAUUCCUCUUUCCAACCCUAAAAGCCCUAAACCACCAACCACAAUCCACGGCCCAUUUCAAGUCUUUUGUUGAAUUGCAUAAUUUGUUUUGGGCCCAAAAGCCCAACAACUUGGCCCAAGCAGACCAAUGGACCAAACAAAAACUCAAAAAAUUUCUCCCACAACAACUUUUCCAACAAAUUCUCUCUCAAAAACAUCCCUUCAUGUAUCCACUUCCUCAACUUCUUAGAGAAAAUGAAUGGGCAUGGAUGGAUGAUGAUGAAUUUGCACGACAAAUGCUUGCAGGAACUAAUCCCGUGCGAAUCACAUGCUUACACAAAUUUCCACCAGAAAGCAAAACCAAAGUGGUUAGUACAAUAAAAGAGUCGGAUAUUGAGCACAGUCUUGACGGUCUUACCCUUCAACAGGCAAUAGAGGAUCGAAGGAUAUUGCUGUUGGAUCAUCAUGACUACCUAAUGCCAUUUCUGAAUAGAAUAAACAACAGUGGCAAUGUAUUUGCCUAUGCAUCUCGAACCCUACUCUUCUUAAGGACUGAUUCUACUCUAAAGCCUUUGGCUAUUGAACUUUCUUUACCCUACUCUGAAGCUGAAGGAGAAGAGAUCAGUUGGGUUUACCUGCCAGCGGCUGAGGGCAUGGAAGCUGCAAUGUGGCACCUUGCCCGAGCUCAUGUUGCGGCCAACGACUCCGUAUACCAUCAACUCGUCAGCCAUUGGUUGCAUACCCAUGCAGUAGUUGAGCCAUUCAUCAUUGCCACCCGCAGACAGUUAAGUGUGAUGCAUCCCAUCUACAGACUGCUGAAUCCUCAUUUCAAAGACACCAUGCAUAUCAACUCACUAUACAGGAGCUUCAUGUUGAAACCUGAUGGAAUCUUUGAGAAGAUAUUGUUUUCUGGUAAGUUCUCCAUGGAACUAUCUUCCGAGCUUUACAAAGAGUGGCGGUUUGACGAACAGGGCCUCCCGGCAGACCUGCUGAAAAGAAAUAUGGCUGUAAGAGAUCCAAGAAACCCGACGGGAGUUCGGCUCAUCUUCCCUGACUAUCCAUAUGCAGAAGAUGGACUUGAGAUAUGGACUGCAAUCAAGACCUGGGUGAAGAGUUUCUGUUCAAUAUUCUAUGGAGAAGAUGACUCCGUACGUUCUGAUGAGGAACUCCAAGCUUGGUGGUCUGAGAUCAGAAAUGUUGGUCACGGCGACAAGUCCAACGAGUCAGGGUGGUACGAAAUGACCACACUCUCGGAUUUAGUAGAGGCUUUAACAACUCUCAUAUGGACAGCAACUGGACUCCAUGCUGCAGUGAACACAGGGCAAUAUGCAUAUGCCAGCUACCCUCUUAGUCGUCCCACACUAUGCCACAAUUUCAUUCCCAGUGAAGGAACCGUUGAAUAUGCUGAACUCUUGAGCAAUCCAGACAAAUACUAUCUCGAGAUGUUACCUGGAAAGUUCGAAACUGCGGUUGCCAUUUCAUUGACGAAGGUCCUUUCAAACCACACCAAGGACGAAUUGUACCUGGGAAGGAAGUCGUCAUCCAACUGGACAGAUAAUGCAAUGGUCAAGCAUUACUUCAGUGAGUUCAGCAAAGAACUUAAAAAUAUAGAAAAGAGAAUAGCUGAGAGAAACAAAGAUCCCAUGCGCAAGAACAGAAGCGGACCUGCAAAGAUCCCGUACAAACUUUUGUUCCCUGAUACAUCAAAUUUUAGUCCAAAAGGAGGGAUCACAGGAAAGGGAAUUCCAAACAGCAUAUCUAUUUGAUGUGGUUUCAUGAAAUUCUAUUCGUAACAAUAAAAUGUUCAAUCACAAAUAUGGGCAAGAGCAUUCUUUAAUCUAUCCCCCAGAUCUAAAUAUGAAAAUUCUGCUGCCUACUUACUCCAUGUUAUGACAGACCCUUCAAAAAUAAAUCGACCUAUGA